AUGGCCGUGGAAACUAUACUUCCAGAUCUCGGAACGGAGAUUCUGAUUCCGUUUUGCGCCGUCGUCGGAAUUGCCUUCGCGCUAGUCCAGUGGCUGUUCGUGUCCAAGGUUAAGGUUCUCCCCGAGAUAUCGAACUCCGCCGAUGGAAAAUACUUCACUGAUUCACUCCUUGAGGAAGAGGAAGGCAUCAAUGACCACUCUAUAGUUCAUAAGUGCGCCGAAAUCCAAACGGCCAUUAGUGAAGGUGCAACAUCAUUCCUUUUUACUAUGUAUCGGUAUGUUGGUAUUUUCAUGGUUGCUUUUGCUGUGCUGAUCUUCGUCUUCCUUGGCUCUGUGGAGGGAUUCAGCACAAAGAUGCAAUCUUGUACAUAUGACAGCACCAAAUUGUGCAAACCCGCUCUUGCCACUGCCGGUUUUAGCACCAUAUCCUUCAUACUUGGUGCCAUUACAUCUGUGGUUUCUGGCUUUCUUGGAAUGAAAAUUGCCACCUAUGCCAAUGCCCGAACUACUUUAGAGGCUAGGAAGGGUGUUGGAAAGGCUUUUAUCGUUGCAUUUAGAUCUGGUGCAGUCAUGGGAUUCCUCCUUGCUGCAAAUGGUCUUCUGGUGUUGUACAUUGUCAUCAACCUGUUCAAAUUAUACUAUGGUGAUGACUGGGAAGGCCUAUUUGAGGCAAUAACUGGUUAUGGACUUGGUGGAUCUUCAAUGGCUCUUUUCGGCAGAGUUGGUGGAGGUAUUUAUACAAAAGCUGCUGAUGUAGGAGCUGAUCUAGUGGGCAAGGUGGAAAGGAACAUCCCAGAGGAUGACCCAAGAAAUCCAGCGGUCAUUGCAGACAAUGUUGGUGACAAUGUUGGGGAUAUUGCUGGUAUGGGGUCUGAUCUCUUUGGUUCGUAUGCUGAAUCAUCCUGUGCAGCCCUUGUUGUUGCUUCAAUAUCCUCUUUCGGGAUCAAUCACGAGUUUACUGCUAUGCUUUAUCCUCUUCUAAUCAGCUCCGUUGGAAUCCUUGUUUGUUUGCUCACCACCUUGUUUGCAACUGAUUUCUUUGAGGUCCGGAAUGUUAAAGAAAUUGAACCAGCAUUGAAGAAGCAACUUAUUAUCUCCACGGCAUUGAUGACGGUCGGAAUUGCACUUGUGAGCUGGAUUGCACUUCCAUCCUCCUUCACUAUAUUUAAUUUUGGAGUCCAAAAGGAGGUUAAAAACUGGCAACUGUUCCUAUGCGUUGCUGUUGGUUUGUGGGCUGGGCUUAUUAUAGGAUUUGUUACGGAGUACUAUACAAGCAAUGCUUAUAGCCCCGUGAAAGAUGUUGCUGAUUCCUGUCGUACUGGAGCAGCUACCAACGUCAUUUUUGGGCUUGCAUUGGGAUACAAAUCUGUCAUCAUUCCAAUUUUUGCCAUAGCAAUUAGCAUUUUUGUCAGUUUUACUUUCGCUGCAAUGUAUGGUAUUGCAGUAGCUGCCCUCGGUAUGCUGAGUACCAUUGCCACUGGUUUGGCUAUUGAUGCCUACGGUCCCAUCAGUGACAAUGCUGGGGGUAUCGCCGAGAUGGCAGGCAUGAGUCACAGAAUUCGAGAGAGAACUGAUGCCCUUGAUGCUGCUGGAAACACCACUGCAGCUAUUGGAAAGGGAUUUGCAAUUGGGUCUGCUGCCCUCGUGUCCCUUGCCCUCUUUGGUGCCUUUGUGAGCCGUGCGGCCAUUUCAACUGUAGACGUCUUAACUCCAAAAGUAUUUAUUGGUUUGAUUGUGGGAGCUAUGCUUCCUUACUGGUUCUCGGCCAUGACAAUGAAGAGUGUGGGCAGUGCCGCUCUUAAGAUGGUUGAAGAAGUGCGCAGACAAUUUAACACCAUCCCUGGUCUCAUGGAAGGCACUGCCAAGCCCGACUAUGCCACUUGCGUCAAGAUUUCCACAGAUGCCUCUAUUAAGGAAAUGCUUCCUCCAGGUGCUCUUGUCAUGCUCACUCCACUCAUUGUUGGCAUUUUCUUUGGUGUGGAAACUCUAUCUGGUGUCCUUGCCGGUUCCCUUGUCUCAGGUGUGCAGAUUGCAAUCUCUGCAUCCAACACUGGUGGUGCUUGGGAUAAUGCCAAAAAAUACAUUGAGGCUGGUGCCUCGGAACAUGCAAAGACUCUGGGUCCGAAAGGAUCUGAUGCCCACAAGGCAGCUGUGAUUGGAGACACAGUUGGUGACCCUCUGAAGGACACAUCUGGACCGUCUCUGAACAUUCUCAUCAAAUUGAUGGCUGUGGAGUCGCUUGUGUUUGCCCCGUUCUUUGCUACACAUGGUGGCUUGCUCUUUAAAAUUUUUUAA